AUUCUUAUUUUGUUUUAUAUCAAAAUUUGAAUAAUAUAUAUAUAUUUUUUUUUUUUUCAGAGUAUACUUUAUAGGUCUCUUGGAGGAUACAAACAUUGUAGAAAAUUAGAUAAAACAAAUUAUCGAUUAUUAGCACAAUAUGGAAAGGAUAAUAUUUCAAAUAGUGUAGAGAAUAAAAAUAUGAAACAUAAUAAUAAAAAGAAAAAACACAAAGUUAGAACUAACUGUGGAAAGUCAGACAAUAGAAGAAACAAAUGACCAUUAUACAAGAAAGAAUUCGAUCAAUCACAUAACAGAUAUAAAUAUUUAGUAUUUGAAGGAAAAAAAAUAUCCCAUUUUGAAAGGACGCUAUUCAUAAAUCUUGAUUAUAUAGGUUUUAUUAGAAAAAAUCCGUCGAUUAGUGAUAAAACUUAUAGGCGGAUGUUAUUUAAAAAGUACGGGUUACUAAUAUAUAUACCUUUUAUAUUACUAUCUUGCGGAUUACUUUUAACAAAAUUGUGCGAUAUUAAUACGUAUUUUUAAGAUAGUUGUGCUGAAUCAUUAGUAUUUUUCUCAGCAUUCUGUGCAUUAUUUGCGGUAUUCAUGUCAGGAUAUAUUUAUACAUUUAUAAAAAUUAUAAAACAUAAAAGAAUU